AUGUCGAGCAACGUCCCCAUCAAGUGAGUGGCACGUCUGGUCGCAGCCUCAUGAGCUACCAUCCCCUCUUGCAAGGGUAUCGAGGAGAACGGCCACCCGCAAAUGAUUCUGCAAGAUGCUUCACACAGAAGCGUGUAGCCUCACUAGGGAGCCGCAAGCAGUGGCAACCGAUCUGGCCCACAAAGCGAGACAGGAUUCGGCCCUCGAGCAAAAGUCUCUGACGUUAGCCAUGCUAUUUGACUUGUUUCCGCUCACAGCAACAGGCCCGACCUGACGGCCCCCACGCCGCAAAACACGCCUCUUACAAACGCUCCUCUUACUCGAGAGGCACUCUCCCGACCUACUGUUGGAACCAUCGGCGAAGAUGAUGAGGACGGCGUCAAGGGUGAGUACUUACCCUCACUGGUGCAUCAUUGAGAUUUACGACCGCGCAUACAAUUGUCGUUGCAUACCUCUCGAGGUGUGGCUAGCUAACGCUGUGCCGCAACAUCCCAGACCUCGCGUCUAACCCAGCUCUGGCUGCCAUGAUGCAGAGCAAGCUUUCUGGUCUAGUCGGUCGUUCAUCCGGCUACAUCGAGUCGCUGCCAGACCACAUCAAGCGUCGCGUGGAAGGCUUGAAAGGUCUGCAGGUCGACCAUGCCAAGGUGGAAGCAGACUUCCAGAAAGAGAUCCUCGAGCUCGAGAAGAAGUACGCCGAAAGGUACCGCCCCCUGUACACUCGCCGAGCGGAGAUCAUUGCCGGCUCUGUCGAGCCCUCGUUCGAAGAAGUCAAGAAGGGCGAGGAAUCCGACCCUCCUGAGGAGGAUGAGGAUGAGCCCAAGGAGCCCAAGGCAAGCCUGGCCGAUGCUCAGGCUCCCGCCAACAGUGAGAAGGGUAUCCCCGAAUUCUGGCUCACAGCCCUCAAGAACCACGUUGCCCUGUCGGAGCUCAUCACCGAGCGCGACGAGGAUGCCCUCAAGGCGCUCAGUGACAUUCGCAUGUCGUACCUUCCGGGCACUCAAGCUGGGUUCAAGCUCCAGUUUCACUUUGGUAGCAACGAGUUCUUCACGAACACUCUUCUUACGAAAACUUACUACUACCAAGAUGAGGUCGGAUACAGCGGCGAUCUCGUUUACGACCACGCAGAGGGAGACAAGAUUGAGUGGAAGGAAGACAAGGAUCUGACUCACAAGAUCGAGACCAAGAAGCAACGAAACAAAAACACAAACCAGACUCGUACUGUCAAACGUUCUGUACCUGUCGAGUCCUUCUUCAACUUCUUCUCUCCACCCAAGCCGCCCAAGGAUGACGAUGCGGACGAGGAAGCUGACUUUGACGAGUGAGUUACAAUUACGUCAAGGUGGUGCGAUGCUUUCGAUACUGACAGAGCUCUCGCGCAACGUCUUGUAAGACUCGAUGAGCGCCUGGAGCUUGACUACCAAGUCGGAGAAGACCUCAAGGACGUGAGUGCACACCCUCUGAUCGGAGGCUUCCUCAAACUCAGCGCGAAUGUCAAUCUGAUCGGUGCGCCUGUUCUCUGCUGCAGAGGAUCAUUCCUCACGCCGUUGACUUCUUCGUGAGUCUUCAGCUGCAUUGGCUGAGCUGGUCGUUGCCCCUUGCUGACCAUUUUGGUGUGACGCUCACAGACUGGCAAAGCCUUGGCUUACGAGGACGAUCUGCUUGACGACGAAGAAUUUGACGAGGACGAUGAGGAUGAUGUGGGUAGCGAUGAGUGAUUGUGGAGACGUCAGAAGGUUUCCCUCAAAUGCAGAAAGACUUGGGCUAUGUUGUCGAAACAUUGGGCGCUGGCUGUCGAACCGACUCGGCUGCUCACACGAGCUUCGCCUGUCCUUUCUCCGUGCCCCUUUUCGCCUUCCCUCUCGCUCGCAAUCAAUACCAUCACAUGAAACUUUCCAUGCGCAUUCAAUGCCAAUCGGGCACGCCGCCUGCUCCACCUGGCACAAACCGCAGGAUGACGAAGACGAGGACGAGCCUCCUGCUCGUCGCACUCAGCUCGGCGCGAGCGCAGGCUCACAAAUGGCCGGCUCACAGGACCCACAAGAGUGGUGAGUCGAUUCAAGUCGUCAUGCGCUCCUUGCACUUCUGACUUGAGAUCACGCCAUCGGCUUUCUUCUCACUACCUCUUGAUCCGUAGCAAGCAGCAGUAG